AUGCUUUGGAAGCAGUCACCAUGCCACUUCUACAGUACUGUUGGUGGUAACACCUGGUUUUGUGCCACCACAGAGGUGCUUCUGGACCCGUGCCGGACGUGGUGCCCGUCGUCGUCGUGCCAGGCAGUGUGCCAACUGAAGGAGAUGGAGGUGGCGCUGCCCCAGCUGGUGCAGUGUGCCGUGUGCACCCUGGAGUUCUGCUCGGCCUGCAAGGCUAACUGGCACCCCGGGCAGGUCUGCUCACCCCAGGAGAACAACCUGCCCAUCACCGCUUUCCUACCCGGAGAGACCAGGUAUGGAACUGGACUGUCUCCUCUUCCUUCAUCAUAUCAAUCACUUCCUCUCCUCCCCAUCACUUCCUUGAUAUCCGUAGAGACCAGGUAUAAAUAGAGCUGGAGUUUUUCCUCAUCUUCUUCCUCCUCUGUCUUCACUGUCUCAAUCACUCUCUCCUCCCCAUCACCUCCUCAAGCAAGUUGAAAGAGGUUAGACUCUGUGACCAUUGAAUGACAUUUCAUCCCAAAAAGCAUACAGUCUUAUUCAAUCAAUGAGGGUAACUGGCUUUCCGCAAUAAGUCACACUGUAAACAUUGCAUUGUUGAGACUAUAAACUCAUACGUUUGACAGGAAUAAUGUCCUUAUCCUGGAAACCCUGGUGCCAUUAUCCAUACACACACGUACACUCACACACACAUGCACGAGCACCCACACACAACACACACACACACACACACACACAAACAGCUCGUAGUUGUUUUCUCUUAGUGUUGUUGAUGAUCUGCCCUCAUCUGCUCUCACCCCUCUACUGAGGACACUGUGAGGACACAGCCUCUGGUCCCCGUGGGAACCUGUAUUUACCACCCUGGAUACCAGCCUAGCUACCGCUGUGUUGAUAUCUCCAUGAAGCCAGCUGCUCUCAUGCAUAACCAUCUAGUCACUAGUCAUCUAAUACCUUCUAGUGCAUAUUUAAUAUGACUGAGUGUAUUGGCUGGUGAUAGAGCUGGGACCCACUGGGUCAGAUAAGGCUAGCCGGGGUUGACCAAGGUCACAGAGGAAGUCAUAAUAUGUCAAUAUAAGGAGCCAAUAGAAGUAAUGGCCGUAACUGUUGCCAACCUGCAUUUGGACUAUUCAUCUACUUAAACUAUAGAAUGUGGUGGCCCAGUGGUAAAGCUACACUACAUGACCAAAAGUAUGUAGACACCUGCUUGUCGAACAUCUCAUUCCAAAAUCAUGGGCAUUAAUAUGGAGUUGUUCCCCCCUUUACUGCUAUAACAGCCUCCACUCUUCUGGGAAGGCUUUCCACUAGAUGUUGGAACAUUGCUGCAGGGACUUGCUUCCAUUCAGCCACGAGCCAAACCCAGAUUCGUCCGUCAGACUGCCAGAUGGUGAAGCGUGAUUAUAACUCCAGAGAACGUGUUUCCCCAUGCUCCAGAGUCCAAUGGCGGCGAGCGUUACACCACUCCAGCUGAUGCUUGGCAAUGCUCAUGGUGAUCUUAGGCUUGUGUGCGGCUGCUCGGCCAUGGAAACCCAUUUCAUGAAGCUCCCGACGAACAGUUCUUGUGCUGACGUUGCUUCCAGAGGCAGUUUGGAACAGUAGUGAGUGUUGCAACCUAGGACAGACUGUUUUUACGCGCUACACACUUCAGUACUCUGCAGUCCCGUUCUGUGAGCUUGUAUGGUCUACCACUUCCAGCACUUCCAGUUGACCGGGGCAGCUCUAACAGGGCAGAAAUUUGACGAACUGACUUGUUGGAAAGGUGGCAUCCUAUGACGGUGCCACGUUAAAAGUCACUGAGCUCUUCAGUAAGGCCAUUCUACUACCUAUGUUUGUCUAUGGAGAUUGCCUGGCUGUGUGCUCGAUUUUAUACACCUGCCAGCAACGGGUGUGGCGGAAAUACCCGAAUCCACUAAUUUGAAGGGGUGUCCACAUACUUUUGUAUAUGUUGUGUAUCUAUAUGUAAAGCGAGAGAGAGGGUUGUGGAGUUGUCAUCAGAUGUCACGAAAGGCCCCAGUGGUUUAAAGGGAAAGUUCAGGAUUUUACAACUUAAUGUUAGAUGGUUCCUCACCUUGAAAGUAGUCUGUGGGCCAGAAGAAACUGUAAUCCAUAGUUCGGUUUUCUCUAAACAGCCACAACAAACUUCAUCUAUCUUGAGCCAUGGAUUACAGUUUUUCCUGGCCCAUAGAGUACUUUUAAGGUGAGGAACCAUCUAACAUCAUUGUAAAAUCCUGAACUUCUCCUUUAAAUUCUGCAGCCUCCUCUCUCUCUCUCUCUCUCUCCCAACGUCAGGACUCCAAGUAUGGCUUGGAUGUUUCUUACUACGAUUACUGUAUAUACUGCACUUAUCUAAACAACGAGCUCUGGAGUACGUCCUUCUAACUCCCCUUCAAGAGUGUGGAAGUGAAAUUAGAGUCUCUUAAUUCGAAUGGACUCCACGUACACUAUUAGCCCGAUCUGCACCCAGCUGACAUAUGCAGCAAUUACCGCAAAGGGCAAAUGUAUUACUCCGUGGACCAUUCCCAUUUUGCACGGAUCUUGCUGCCAUUUUGCUGAUAAGAUUUUUUGUUUGUUCUCUCCCUUGCCAUUCCUCUAACGUAACAGCCAGCAUUCAGGAGAAGGUAUUUUACCUUCUGAUCUUUAGUCUGUAUUCCAUUACAUUCAGGCCUCUAUCCCUUUCCUUCCAGAGUAAAAGCUAGAAUCCGAAAGUCCUGUUUUGUUACAAAAUGGCUGCCAGGGUAUCAAAUGAAGUAGGACGUGAGAGGUGUGCCAUAAUUCACUCUGGCCAGAUGCGAUCAAUAGCCGGAGAAUUGGCUCAGAAAAUGAAUGGGCUUGUUCUCUGUCCGCCUCUUUGAGACUUGAGAGGACAGCCGACAGCAUCACCUGCUCUCCUUUCUGGCCUUCAAGUGUCAGCAGCACUCAGGAAAAAACAAGAAAAGGACACAGAAGACCUGCCUUUAAGAUGAAAAGAACAAAAAAAAGCCUGAAAGAAAGGCAGAGACUAGCACACUUCACAUUUCUCAUUUUGUUUGCAUUGCAAGUGUUAAGAGAAAAUGCUGUUGAUGUUUAUAGCAAGCUUAGAUAUAUUGUACAGUCACAAAGGCAGUUCAAGCUCUGUGGCAUGAUGAACUGUAUGAGUGGAUAUUCUCUGGUGGCAUUCUGGAUCUCUGUCUUUGCUCAUUUUUUCAACCGUAAAACACUGAACAUUGCUCUCUCUCACCGUGUCUCCUCAGCUCCUUCUACAAGAGUGACGAUGACGAUGGUCCCAUCAAGCGCUGUCCCAAGUGUAAGGUGUACAUCGAGAGGGAUGAGGGCUGUGCCCAGAUGAUGUGCAAGAACUGCAAACAUGCCUUCUGCUGGUACUGUCUGGAGUCACUGGACGUGAGUAGAGAACCUUGUCACACGCACACGCACCCCUUUCUGGUGGUACUUUCUGGAGCCCCUGGAUAUGAGUCGAACGUAGUCCCAAUGUUUGCCUAAAACUCAUAACUGCUGCUGCAACAUGUUCUUAUAGAAUAAUACAUGUUUAUCUUUGCAAAGGAGUUUUAAUUUCCUUUUCAGUAUGUUGGACCUGACUUCAAUACAGCAGUCUGAAAUAUGCAUAGAAUUCACUCUGUGCAUAUUUCUCAAGUCUGGUGUUAGAAAUGUGAGCAGUGAUCCAAUGUGUUAUCAGGGAAUAACAGCACUGCAGGAGGUGUGAUAAGGCUGUAGGCUGAUGUAUUUCCAAAUCCAAACACGUUUUUAUGAUGUUUGAUACAAGACAAUGGAACUGAAACUGAGGGGUUUUAUCUGUGCUUGUAGGAAGCUAGGAGGCUUUACUGGCAGUGUCUUAAGUAAAUCCUAAUUGCAGACCACAGGCGAUCUAGACCGCACUGGUAAUUUAAAAGCAAUUUUCUCCCAGCAGCUGCUCCUAUCUCUCAGUAUUAAUGAUAGAUCAUUCUUCCCCCUCUCUCCCUCUUUCUGUGCAUGUGUGUGCAUGUGUCCCUUUGUAUGCAUGUGUGUGUGUGAUACAGGAUGACUUCCUCCUGAUUCACUAUGACAAAGGGCCCUGUCGAAACAAACUGGGCCACUCCAGGGCGUCUGUCAUCUGGCACAGAACACAGGUGAGUAAAGUUAGUGUGCCCACUUUUCUCCUUUGUCUCACUCUCUCACUCACUCACUCACUCACUCACUCACUCACUCACUCACUCACUCACUCACUCACACCUACACACCUACACACCUACACACUCACACCUACACACCUACACACCUACACACACACACACACACACACACACACACACACACAGGACUUCCCCUUUGUCUGCAGCAUGUGCCAGGGCACAUGCACACACUUUUCCCCUCACUCAAACACUUCCACACACACACACAUACACGCAUACAGACACACACAUGUUCAACGUGAAUAAACAUGGAUGGUGCUCUGUGAAAACACUAGUCGGUAGGAGAGCACAGCUUGGUCGACGUGCUCUGGGUGUUGGCCCAUUUAUUGUUCGUUUCCAGCAUUACUUUCUUAUUGUUGAUUUCCUUCUGUGUAUAAUAUGUGAACAUUUGCCCGUCACUUAUGGGUUAUAGUAAUGCCUUUACUUUGGUACAAUCUCUUCAGCAAAACAUGUGACACAGGCUGCUCAAUAUUAUUUUGUGGUACUGGUAAGAUAUUAUGUUACAACAUACAUAAUGCAUGCCAUACAGUGGGGAAAGAAAGUAUUUAGUCAGCCACCAAUUGUGCAAGUUCUCCCACUUAAAAAGAUGAGAGAGGCCUGUAUUUUUCAUCAUAGGUACACGUCAACUAUGACAGACAAAUUGAGAAUUUUCUUUCCAGAAAAUCACAUUGUAGGAUUUUUAAUGAAUUUAUUUGCAAAUUAUGGUGGAAAAUAAGUAUUUGGUCACCUACAAACAAGCAAGAUUUCUGGCUCUCACAGACCUGUAACUUCUUCUUUAAGAGGCUCCUCUGUCCUCCACUCGUUACCUGUAUUAAUGGCACCUGUUUGAACUUGUUAUCAGUAUAAAAGACACCUGUCCACAACCUCAAACAGUCACACUCCAAACUCCACUAUGGCCAAGACCAAAGAGCUGUCAAAGGACACCAGAAACAAAAUUGUAGACCUGCACCAGGCUGGGAAGACUGAAUCUGCAAUAGGUAAGCAGCUUGGUUUGAAGAAAUCAACUGUGGGAGCAAUUAUUAGGAAAUGGAAGACAUACAAGACCACUGAUAAUCUCCCUCGAUCUGGGGCUCCACGCAAGAUCUCACCCCAUGGGGUCAAAAUGAUCACAAGAACGGUGAGCAAAAAUCCCAGAACCACACGGGGGGACCUAGUGACUGACCUGCAGAGAGCUGGGACCAAAGUAACAAAGCCUACCAUCAGUAACACACUACGCCGCCAGGGACUCAAAUCCUGCAGUGCCAGACGUGUCCCCCUGCUUAAGCCAGUACAUGUCCAGGCCCGUCUGAAGUUUGCUAGAGUGCAUUUGGAUGAUCCAGAAGAGGAUUGGGAGAAUGUCAUAUGGUCAGAUGAAACCAAAAUAUAACUUUUUGGUAAAAACUCAACUCGUCGUGUUUGGAGGACAAAGAAUGCUGAGUUGCAUCCAAAGAACACCAUACCUACUGUGAAGCAUGGGGGUGGAAACAUCAUGCUUUGGGGCUGUUUUUCUGCAAAGGGACCAGGACGACUGAUCCGUGUAAAGGAAAGAAUGAAUGGGGCCAUGUAUCGUGAGAUUUUGAGUGAAAACCUCCUUCCAUCAGCAAGGGCAUUGAAGAUGAAACGUGGCUGGGUCUUUCAGCAUGACAAUGAUCCCAAACACACCGCCCGGGCAACGAAGGAGUGGCUUCGUAAGAAGCAUUUCAAGGUCCUGGAGUGGCCUAGCCAGUCUCCAGAUCUCAACCCCAUAGAACAUCUUUGGAGGGAGUUGAAAGUCUGUGUUGCCCAGCGACAGCCCCAAAACAUCACUGCUCUAGAGGAGAUCUGCAUGGAGGAAUGGGCCAAAAUACCAGCAACAGUGUGUGAAAACCUUGUGAAGACUUACAGAAAACGUUUGACCUGUGUCAUUGCCAACAAAGGGUAUAUAACAAAGUAUUGAGAAACUUUUGUUAUUGACCAAAUACUUAUUUUCCACCAUAAUUUGCAAAUAAAUUCAUAAAAAAUCCUACAAUGUGAUUUUCUGGAUUUUAUCCCCUCAUUUUGUCUGUCAUAGUUGACGUGUACCUAUGAUGAAAAUUACAGGCCUCUCUCAUCUUUUUCCCCACUGUACAUUGCGAAAUAAAGAGUCAAUUCAUCUUUUAGAAUUCUGAUUCUAAUAAUGAAUGAAAAUAUUGAUUAGAUGCUAUAUUUUCUGGUUCACCCAGUCAUCACCCAGUCAUUGUUCAGCUCUAGCUAUCUUCCAGCACAUAUCUAUUCAUAGACAAGCACAUUUCCCGUGUUUAACAGUGUUGUGAACGCUAGCGUACACACUGACAUCUGUUGCCCAGUGGGACAGGCUGAGUCAUCUGAACAUGAUUACAGCUUGUGGUACUGCACCUCCUGUAUCCAGCCCAUGCAACCUCACUGCUCCCCAAGACCUUAAAAAGCCAGGUCUCUCUCUUUAGCUCCUCAUGAAUGCAUAACACAUACAUAAAGGACCCAGGGCCCUUAUACGCAAAAGGAGUGCUGAUCUAGGAUCAGGUCCUCCCUGUCCAUGUAAUCUUAUUAAUUAUGGAAAAAACAGAUCCUAGAUCGGCACUCCUACUCAGACAUUUUAUGAAUAAAGGCCCAAAUAUAUUAGGGCAAAUUCUGCCUUUAUGAAAGCUCAGCCUCUGUGUGUUCUGUUUUUGCCUCUGUAUCUGAUUUCAAAUCAGUUUUGAGAUUGGAGCUGAGGGGGUUGUAUCCACUAGGGAUGCCAUAGGAGGAAUGAAGGUCACCUCUCUCUAUGCUUACUGUUCUCAGACCAGACAUUGUCUAUUAUAUAUGGUAGCUUUGUCAGGGUUUGUUGAUCUGAGCAAAUAGGAUAUCAUGUUAAUAUAGGUAUACCGGUGCAACUAAAGGUUCAUGGGGUGCUCGUCUGGGUAAAUAAUGUGAUUACUAAGACCUCCAAAAAGAGGGAAGUAAACAGAAAUACCAGAGAAUGGAUCCCAACAACAGUAUGUAUCUAUGCAUGGAGCUAUUUUAUUAAAAAGUAUUUGGCCUGCCCCAGGGUGAUCCCCAAAAUGACUCUCCUCCUGCUCUGACACGGGCAGAAGGCCAUUAAGUUAUUCUAAGAAGGCAGUAUUGUGUGUAAUUGCUACUUUCGAAUGCCAUUUUGUAGCUGAGAAGAUGUUUCUGCUCGUAUAUGAUGCCCCCAUGUGGUGAGAUGGGUGACUUGCACUACAAAGAUAGAAAAUAACUCGCACGGAUUAUGAUCAAGCCAAACAAGAGAACAAGUUUUGAGAAGGAAAACUGAUUUGGUGUGUAUUAUCUUGUUAAGGGAUCUCUCAUAUGCUAGUCCUCUUUUCAAAGUACUUUCUAUAUAGUGCCAUACGUGUUCUUCCUCAUUGAUAUUUUUGCAAUGUAGCUGAACGAACACUGUCGUAUUUGCUGUUGCCUCUGUUGUCUUGUUGCAGUCUCUUACUCUAUCCUCUCUCUCUUUCCCAAGGUGGUGGGGAUCUUCGCUGGCUUCGGCCUUCUCCUGCUGGUGGCCUCCCCCUUUCUCCUCCUGGCCACGCCCUUUGUCCUCUGCUGUAAGUGCAAGUGCAGCAAAGGGGACGACGACCCCCUGCCCACCUAA